CCUUAUUCUGACUUUGUGGAAGAAUAUGAGAGAAGGGAUAUAAAUUCCGGCUCUGCUUCUUCCCGUCUCUGCAACCCUCAUCGAGGUCUGAAAUGGCUCCCUGUGACAGUCGGAUCCUCGUUUGGUUCCUAUUUUGCUGCUGUUGUCUUCUGCAGCCGUUGAACUCGUCCGCUAUUGUCUACAACCGGAGCUCCUCCGCUUCGUAUAGGACGCCUCUUCAUGGGAUCGAAUUGCCCGCCAACUUCAUGAGUUUCGGCUCCGCCGCAUCCUCCGGCGACUCGAGCUGCGACCGGGACAGGGGAGAAAGCAGGGCGUCGCAUGUCGAUGAGCGUGACGGCGCGGCGCCGGCCUUGAAGCUUCACCUCAAGCACCGGGAUGCGGAGGCGGCGGAGAGGAGCAAGAAGGAAGCGCUGGAAGACUCCAGCCUUAGAGACGGUCUCAGGAUUCAGACCCUCUUUAGGAGGAUUACCGAGAAGAAGAACCGAAUCGCCGCGUCCGGCAUCGCCGCCGCCGCCGCCACCGCUGACCAAAGCCGCAUCGAGGUCGGACAGAAAGAGACGUUAGCGAAGUCGCCGGAGCUUGCCGGGAGGCUGAUGGCUCAGGUCGAGUCGGGCGUCACCCUCGGUUCCGGCGAGUACUUCAUCGACGUGUUCGUCGGCACGCCGCCGCGCCAUUUCUCGCUCAUCCUCGACACCGGCAGCGACCUCAACUGGAUUCAGUGCCUCCCGUGCUACGACUGCUUCGAGCAGCACGGCCCUGUUUACGACCCCGCCGCCUCCUCCUCCUACCGCAACGUCAGCUGCGGCGACAGCCGCUGCGGUCUCGUCUCCUCGCCUGACCCUCUCCGCCCCUGCCUCGCCGCCACAGGCCAAGACCGACCCUGCCCCUACUUCUACUGGUACGGAGACCGCUCCAACACGACCGGGGACCUCGCGCUCGAGACCUUCACCAUGAACCUCACCGGCGUCGGCGAGUUCCGGCGGGUGGACGACGUCAUCUUCGGGUGCGGCCACUGGAACCGCGGGCUCUUCCACGGCGCGGCGGGGCUGCUGGGCCUCGGCCGCGGCCAACUUUCUUUCGCCUCCCAACUCCGCUCGCUCUACGGCGACAUCUUCUCCUACUGCCUCGUCGACCGCAACAGCGACCUCAGCGUCAGCAGCAAGCUCAUCUUCGGCGAGGACGACACCGUCGCCCGCAACCCACUCUUGAACUACACCACCUUCGUCGCCGGCAAGGACAGCCCCGUCGAAACCUUCUACUACGUCCAGAUCAAGUCCAUCCUCGUCGGCGGGGAGGAACUGGCAAUCCCACCGACGACAUGGGACAUAGCCAAGGACAGCAGCGGCGGAACUAUCGUAGACUCCGGCACCACGCUGAGCUACUUCGCCGCCCCGGCGUACGAGAGGAUAAAAGAAGCCUUCACGAAGAAGGUGAAAUACCCAGCGGUGACCGACUUCCCGGUGCUCGACCCCUGCUACAAUGUGUCAGGGGCAGGGAAGGUGGAGGUGCCGGAGUUCGCCAUCCUCUUCGCGGACGGUGCGGUAUGGAACUUCCCGCCGGAGAACUACUUCAUCCGGCUCGAGCCAGAGGAAAUCAUGUGCCUCGCCGUGCUGCCGAUGCCGCAGUCCCCGCUUUCCAUUCUGGGAAACUACCUGCAGCAGAACUUCCACAUCCUAUACGACAUGAAGAAUUCCCGGCUGGGCUUCGCGCCGACGAGGUGCGCGGAGAUGUAGGCGGUCAAUUUCAGAAAUUUUGGUUACAGACAGAUUCUUCUCUUCUCUGCAACGACAGAUGGAGAGUUUUUUUUUUUUUCUUUUAUUCUCUUUUCCUUGUUAAUCAGAAAAUUUCUGGUUCGAUUCUGUGCAGUUUAAUCAAUCUUUUCUUUUCUUGUUAUAGUUAGAUAUGGGAAGAUUUCAUAAAAAAGAUAGAGCAGUUUAUUCA